UGCCCGAGUCCAGCGUGCCAACAGCCGCAGCAGAAACCCGUUCUCGGGUUCUCGCUGAGCUGCUUCCCCUUACAUCAGGGUUCCUGCUCCUGUCAGGCAGGCCUGCUGGCGAUUGGUGGGGAGGAGGGCAGUAAUUUGAACUGCCUUUUGUACUUGGCUAAUCAGGGCUGGCGUCUGGCUGCAGGUUCAGAGCGAGGUGCCUCGGUGGUGUCAGACACCUGUGGCUCAGCUCUCACCGUCUCGGGGCUGGCUCCCGUGGCUUGCUUCUGGGCCGGAAUCGUGCUUUUUUAACAACUUGCCCCAAUCACUGAGCCCCCUCGAUGGGUCAGUUUGGCCCAGUGCCAUGCUGAACAGAGAUGUCCAACAGAUACCAGGACAACGGAAAUGCCUGGGCUUAGACUUCCCUGAGAGAUGCGUGUGCAGACCAGGGCCAUGCAGAUACUGCCGCCUCUAACUCCGUCAGCCCAGCGCGCGUCACCUCUGAUCCCCAGCACAGGAAAGCAGCAUGGUCGGGAGGAGUUAAACUUCGGCUGAAGCACAGGCGCAGUGACCCUGCAGGCCGACCUCACUCUUGGCAUUCAACCAAAUUUGGGGAGAACCAACCCGAUGCCAGCAUGAUGCAAAUAUCUCAGGGCACAAUUGGCACUCCUUGGCACCAAAGCUACCAUUCCAGCUCCUCUACAAGUGACCUCUCUAACUAUGACCAUACCUAUCUGAGGCGGAGCCCUGACCAGUGCAGCUCCCAGGGGAGCAUGGAGAGCCUGGAGCCCAGUGGGGGGUACCCACCCUGCCAUCUUCUUUCUCCUGUCAAGUCCACCAGCAGCAUUGACCAGCUCAGCCACCUCCAUAACAAGAGAGACUCGGCUUACAGCUCCUUCUCCACCAGUUCUAGCGUCCUAGAGUAUCCACCCCCUGGCAUCUCUGGUCGGGAGCGUUCAAGCUCCAUGGACACUGCUUCUGCUCGAGGUGGCCUCCUAGAAGGGAUGAGGCAGGCAGAUAUUCGCUAUGUCAAGACAGUAUAUGAUACCCGGAGGGGAGUCUCAGCAGAAUAUGAGGUGAACUCUUCAGCCUUGCAUCUCCCAGGUCGGGAGGCCCGAGCAUCAGCAGAUGGCCAGGGCUAUGAUAAAUGGCAUAAUGUUCCUCGAGGCAAGGGAAUGACACCCCCAUCCUGGAGCCAGCAGUGUCUUAGUUCCUUGGAGAGUGCCGCUGACAACCUGCCUCCUAAAGUGGGUGCACCCCUGCCCCCGGCUCGAAGUGACAGUUACGUAGCCAUCCGGCACCAUGAGCGGCCCAGCUCCUGGUCUAGCCUUGAUCAGAAACGGUUUUGUCGGACUCAGGCAAAUUCUUCAGGCUCCCUGAAAUCUCCAUUCAUAGAGGAACAGCUGCAGACUGUACUAGAGAAGAGUCCAGAGAAUAGCCCUCCAGUGAAGCCCAAGCAUAAUUACACCCAGAAGGCUCAACCUGGCCAACCUCUGCUCCCAACUGGUAUCUAUCCUGUACCUUCCCUGGAACCCCACUUUGCCCAGGUGCCCCAGCCUUCUGUGAGCAGUAAUGGUAUGCUCUACCCUGCACUGGUCAAGGAGAGUGGAUAUACAGCCUCUCACGGAGCUCGUGACAAGACUGCUACGUUUGAUGAGAAUGGGAACCAAAAUGGAUCUAGCAGGCCUGGGUUUGCCCUCCCCCAGACCCAAGAACACGACUUACUUUCCCUAGUGGAGAGGAAACCAGAAACUACAACCAAGUUUGUGCCCUACAAAGUCCAUUUCCCAGCAGUGCCUGAAAACGAGGUAGAUACCUCUCUGAAGAGCCAUCUCACAUCUCCCCAAGGCAACAGCCCACAUCCCAGUGAGAGAAAGAGCAUCCAUAGCAACAAACCAUAUUCAAAUAACCAUGGCCUCAAAUCCCCUCAGACUCAAGCCUGGCAGGCAGGUGAAGACAAGAGAACUUCCAGGCCCCUGGAGCUCCGGGAAGCUGGUUUUCGGGAAGACCACAAUGCCAACCUCUGGAGGACGCUAGAGAGAGAAGGCCUGGGCCAGAGCCUGCCAAGCAACUUUGGCAAGACCAAGUCAGCUUUCUCAUCUCUCCAGAACAUUCCUGAGAGUCUACGAAGGCACAGCUGCCUGGAGCUAGGAGACAGAGCCCAGGAAGGCAACGUGGAUGGCAGGCUUGCCUCUGCUGUUAGCACUCAGGCUGAGGACCCUGGAAGGAAAGCUCUUCCUGAACACAGGAGCCAUUUGGACAGGCCUGUUUCCUAUCCAAGGCCUGAGGGGAGAACCAGUGGCUCAGCUUCUUUCCAUAGCUCAGACCCAAGCUAUGAAGAGCCGUCCUCCCCAGGACACCAGCAGACAUCCAGUCUGGGCCUGAGGAGGCUCAGCUCAAGCGGUGCCUCAGCUCUGCCGUGCUUUCAGUACGGGAAGCCCCACUGCUCGGUGCUGGAGAAGGUUUCCAAGAUUGAGCAACGAGAGCAAGGAAGCCAGAGACCCCCGAGUGUGGGCAGCCCUACUUAUGUCUACAACUAUAGGCCCAACAAGACGCUUUCCACUUCCAGUACGUCUGCGAAUGAUCUUGAGGAGACAAGAGCUGAUACCUGUUUUCCCGAAUCUGCUGAACUCCUAAGCAACGGGGAGCAGAAAUUCAAAAUCGGGAAGGCCAAGUUGGAAGAGGUUCUCUGGCAGCCGAGGGGUCAGCAGCAGAGGAGUGUGGCCGGCGGCCGGGGCCCCCCACUCCGAGACAGUGAGCCCCCGAGGCGGGACGCUCGCCUCCUCCGCAGCCAGAGCACCUUUCAGCUGUUCAGUGAAGCCGAGAAGGAGACGGACAACAGGCCCGACACACCUGAGUCGCCCCUUUUGGACGCCCCUUUAAGCCGUGCCUACCGGAACAGCAUCAAGGACGCUCAGUCCCGUGUUCUGGGGGCCACCUCCUUUCGACGCCGGGACCUCGAACUGGGUGCGCCCGCGGUCUCUAGCCGCUGGCGGCCCCGGCCCGCCUCGGCCCACGUGGGGCUGCGGAGCCCCGAGACGCCGGUCUCCACCUCCCCGCACACGCCGCGCGAGCGGCACAGCGUGACCCCGGCCGAGGGCGACCCAGCCCGGCUUACGACUCCCGCCGCCCGGAGAGGGGCACGUCGGCGCCUGACCACCGAGCAGAAGAAGCGCUCCUACUCGGAGCCCGAGAAGAUGAACGAGGUGGGGGUCUUGGAGGAGCCCGAGCCCGCGCCUUUGGGCCCGCAGAGGAAGGGUGUGCGUUUCCCGGAGAGCACCGUGGCCGACAGGCGCCGGAUGUUUGAGCGCGACGGAAAGGCCUGCUCGACGCUCAGCCUGUCAGGGCCGGAGCUGAAGCAGUUCCAGCAGAGCGCCCUGGCCGACUACAUUCAGCGCAAGACCGGCAAGCGACCCUCCUCCUCGGGUUGCGGCGUCCAGGAGCCCGGGCUGCUGCAGGAGCGCGCCCAGAGCGUGUAUCUCCAGCCCGGCCCCGCGGCGCGCGAAGCCUCGGGUCUUGUCUCGGCCUCCAGCCUGAGCUCGCUGCGGGAGCCGAGCCUGCAGCCCCGCAGGGAGGCCGCCCUCCUGCCCGCCGCGGGGAGCGAGGGGGAGACCCCGCGGGGCCCCCGAGAUCGCAGCAGCUCCUUCGCCGGCGGCCGCCUGGUCGGGGAACGUCGGCGCGGGGAGCAGCAGACUCAGAGGGAGCCGGCUGGCGCCGCGCUGCUCAGUGGCGCGAACUGCGGACCUCGGGGCGCCCCGAGGAUGGAUAGGACUCCUGGGGAGACCGCCGCCUUGGGGGCGGCUGCCGGGAGUGCCGGGAAGUCCAAGUCAGCCGAGGACCUGCUGGAGCGCUCAGAUGUCCUGGCAGUCCCUGUCCACGUGAGGUCCAGGUCAUCCCCCACGGCAGACAAAAAGCGCCAGGAUAUGCUUUUGGGGGAAAACAAUGGCUUUGGUCUUCUUGUGAAGGAUCCAUGCUAUUUGGCUGGCCCUGGACCUAGGUCACUCAGUUAUUCAGAAAGAGGCCGUGAAGAGAUGCCAUUGCACCUACAUCAUCCCAGCCCCCAUUGGGGUGGUUCAGGUUGCAAAGCAAUCAGUGGCUCCUCAGUUCCCAGUGAAUGUCCUGGAACCCUGGACCGUCAGAAGCAAGCCAGCAGAACACCUUGCCCCAGGCCACUGCCAGCAGGAGUGCAGGGGCAUCUCACAGACACCAGGGCUGGACCACUGACCCCUCUUGGAUCAGCUUUGCCUUCAACUGUUCCAUCCACCUACUGCUCACAGCCUGCCACUGACCAGCAGACUAGAAGGGAUGGUCAGGUGGGGCGUCAGUCUCUUCCACACUCUACCCCUACAGUGACUCACAGUAGGAACGGUCACAGUUUGACCCAGCCUCCAAGUCCAAGAGGCUAUGAGUCCAACAGCCCAGAGAAUGGGAUAGAAGAGGGAAUAAGGAAGAGAGUCUCACUGCCCCAGAGGCCUCUUGCCCCUCAAGGGAAAUGGGCCCACACAGUCGGAGAGGACAGUCUUGCUGAGGAACCCUUGUCACCUGAGUUUGCAGACCUGAAGCACUAUAAAAUACAGCAGAGUCUUCCAAGUUCAAGCAGCACUUCUGACCCAGACACACCUCUCGGGGUCCCAAGCACUCCAGGGAGGAUCUCCCUCCGAAUAUCUGAGUCGGUCCUGCAGACCUCCCCACCACCUCGGGAGGAUUAUGAUGAUGAAGUGUUUGUGAAGGAUUUGCAACACAGUGCCUCUUUCAGCUCCGUAUUUGAAGCUCUUCCCCCACCCCCACCUCCUCCACCAAGCCUGGAAACACCAGUGAAUAGCUUGGAUGACUUUCCUCCACCUCCUCCCCAAGCCAUGUACAAGGCACAGCUGGACAGUGAGGCUUAUGAGGAGCCCCAUACCAGCAGCUCCGGCAAAAUUUCCAAUGUGGCAACUGCAAGGGAAAGGCCAGUGCUUGGUGCAGCCCAUUUGGUGGGUAGUCAGAUACUGGCUUCCAGACCCCAGACUUCUCUCAAGGCUUCAGAGGCCAAUGAGAUCAACCCUACCUCCAGCAUGGGUACACAGCCCCAAUUUGCUGGAUCUUUGGGGAAGCAGUCAAGCCUAGGACAGCCACCUCUCAUCCAGAACCAAAGACUUAUCCAUGAACCAGUUAGUGGAACUCAGGAUUUAGAAAAGAAAGUCAAUUCUGGUCCUCAGAAGACAUCGGAAGACAUCAGAACAGAGGUUCUGGCCAAAGAAAUUGUCCACCAAGACAAAUCUCUAGCAGACAUUUUGGAUCCAGACUCCAGAAUGAAGACAACUAUGGACCUGAUGGAAGGUUUGUUUUCCCGAGGUGUUGACUUGCUGAAGGAAAACAGCAUAAAGAGGAAGUCUGUGCAGAAAGCUGUCCCAGCAUGUGAAAGCAAGAGGAGUGAAGAAAAGGAAGCACUAGGUGUGUUGGUCAACUGUCCUGCCUACUACAGUGUGUCUGCUCCCAAGGCUGAACUUCUGAACAAAAUCAAAGAUAUGCCAGAAGAGGUGAAUGAAGAAGAGGAGCAAACAGAUGUCAAUGAAAAGAAGGCUGAGCUCAUUGGAAGUCUCACACACAAGCUUGAGAUGCUCCAGGAAGCAAAGGGGAGUUUGCUGAUGGACAUCAAACUCAAUAAUGCCUUGGGAGAAGAGGUGGAGGCUUUGAUCAGAGAGCUCUGCAAGCCAAAUGAGUUUGACAAGUACAAGAUGUUCAUAGGAGAUUUGGACAAGGUGGUUAACCUGCUGCUCUCCCUCUCGGGGCGCCUGGCCCGUGUUGAGAAUGUCCUUAGCGGCCUUGGUGAAGAUGCCAGUAAUGAAGAAAGGAGCUCUCUCAAUGAGAAGAAGAAGAUCCUGGCUGGGCAGCACGAGGACGCCCGGGAACUCAAGGAGAACCUUGAUCGACGGGAACGGGUGGUGUUGGACAUCCUGGCCAAUUACCUUUCAGAGGAGCAACUCCAGGAUUACCAGCAUUUUGUGAAAAUGAAGUCAACACUCCUCAUUGAGCAGCGAAAGCUGGAUGACAAGAUCAAACUGGGCCAGGAACAGGUCAAAUGUCUGCUGGAGAGUCUUCCCCCAGAUUUCAUUCCCAAGGCAGGGUCCCUGGCUUUGCCCCCAGACCUUACAAGAGAAAUGACUCCUGGUGGGAGAUGUACUUUCAGUAGUGGUUUUCCAACAUUAGCCUCUCCACUUUAACCUCUUCUAAAAUAUCCAACCGAAAGAUCACCUUUUCUUUCAACACUAUUUAAUCUGAAAAAUGUUUCAAUACAAACACCAUGUAAACUGUAUGGGUUAUUGGGGUUUUUCUGGAUAAAAGGAAAGAAAUUUUAUCCAGUAAAAAGGCCUGUUUUUUUCCCUUCUCAUCCUUCAUGAUUGAUCUUUUGAGAACUUGAAUGCUGCUGGAAACUUGGCCCUUUCUAUUACCUUGUAGUAGAAAAAAAAUUAAUGAAACUGUGAGAACUGG